AUACGAGUCAAUACCAGGCUAUAAAAGAGCACAUCCAUGCUGUUUUAUAGAAUAACACGUAACGAUAAAAACUAACAAGAUUGAACUGCAAAUUAUCAUCGUGGGAAAUAUAUUGAGACUGUCCUACGUUAAACGUAGAAAAUAAGUUUGCCCGGUAGGGUGGUGAAAACGUAAGGAUACAUUGUGUCGUGCUGCUCGUGCAUGUUCUUUCUUUUACGGCAUAAUACUAGGAGUAGAAGGAGAAUUUGGUUAAUCUGUGAAAAAACUUCUGGAGUUCUUGAGUUUUACAUCAUGGAAGAAAUAGGAGAUGCAGAUUCCAAACCUGGGAAGACAGAGUAUCUUGUCUUUGAAGACACUAACUAUGCUGUUCAAACAUUGUUGAACCUGAAUAAGCUGCGGAAAAACAAGCAAUUCUCUGAUGUUGUUCUGCAGGUUGAGACGGCCCAAGAUGUUCGAGAAGUAUAUUGUCAUCGAGCUGUCCUAGCCAGUGCUAGUCCUUACCUUUUUGAGCUGUUUUCUACUGAUCCUAAUGGUGGCCAAGUUUGUCAGUACAAAACCAAUGGCAGCUUUGAUAUUGAUGCUUUUGAAAUGCUUGUGGACUAUGCUUACACAGCUAGGCUUGAAAUCCCUGCAGAUAAAGUCAAAGAAGUAUAUGUAGCAGCUACAAAACUGAGGAUGACUUCAGCUGCGAGACAGUGUCAUGAUUUUCUUAUAAAACAUCUCACACCAGACAAUUGUAUAGAUGUCCGUUCCAUCCCUGGUGUUUCUGCAGACUCUGCUCCUGAAUUUAUUGCAGCAGUGGAUAACUACAUCAGACAAAACAUUGAUGAUAUUAUUCAGGAGAAAGUGUUCUUGAGUCUUCCCCAUAUACAGGUUAAACAGCUGCAGAAAAGCAGUGAAGAAAUGCAAGCAACCAAUCAUAGACACUUGUGUGAAAUGGUUUUGGACUGGAUUAAGAAAUGUUUUGAUGAGAAUGAUUUGAAAACUGGCCUUGUUUAUGAAAAAGUGCACAUGCUCUACUUGAAUGAGGAUGGGACACUUCAUGAUUGUAAUGACAUUGAAAAUGGUGAUGUUCAAGAUUCAGAUAUCAUUCAAGAUUAUAAAAAACUGUCUCGUCGUGUUUCACUUCCCAACAGAAGAUUGUCUGCUCAGAAUAUCUCCCACAAACCACGCCAGUUUCUGUACACAAAGUCCGAUUCUAGCUCUUCUCUGUCCUCGUUAUCUGAUGAUGAAGAAUAUGACUGGAGAGUAAUAGCCACCACUUCGAGAGGCAAAAACACAAUAUUAGCUCUGGUUGUGGUGUAUGGAAAUUUGAAUCUUUUGUCCGUCAAUCAGAGAUUGAACACCCCAUCUAGCAGCCCGGCGGUGUCAAGGCCAGAAUCGGUUGAGAAAACCAACAUCUAUUCUAUGAUCCCUCCUAUGUCUUCAGGACGCUGUGCAGUGGGUACAACUGAACUCCAGGGCAAGCUUUUAGUAUGUGGUGGCUACGAUAGAGGGGAGUGCCUUCGAACUGUUGAGCUUCAUGAUCCUAUAACAAACAAAUGGACCACGAUGGAGUCUUUGAAGUCUCCACGUGGCCGUUUUGAUGUAGCAGUUGUGGAUAAUGAAGUGUAUGCCAUUGGUGGAUCUGAUGGAACCAAAGAACUAAACUCGGUUGAAGUUUUUAGCCCGGUAACUUCUACUUGGAAAUGGUGUCUAUCAAUGAGUGUUUGUAGAUCAAAUGUUGGUGUCUGUAGCUUGGAUGGGAAAAUAUUUGUUGUGGGUGGGUGGAAUGGACAAAGAGGAUUGACUUGCUGUGAAGUCUUUGAUCCUAAAUCUCGGAUCUGGAUGAAUAUUGCACCUCUGUCAGUUGGCCGAUAUCAGGCUGGAGUUGGAACUAUGAAUGGCGAAGUUUAUGCCGUAGGAGGUUGUGAUUCCUGGAACUGCAUUAGUUCUGUGGAGAAGUAUGAUCCUAGUUUAAACAUCUGGACUUUGGUUUCUUCGAUGCACACGGCUCGUCGGGGAUGUGGAGUGUCUGUCUACAAUGGUAAACUAUAUGCUGUGGGAGGACACAAUGGUGUUCAUUCCCUCUCAAGCACAGAAAUCUAUGACCCACAGACCAACACCUGGAGCCCUGGGCCUAACUUAACUUGCUGUAGAGCCAAUGUUGGUGUUUGCGUUGUUGGAGAUCGACUAUAUGCUGUCGGGGGAUUUAAUGGAAAGACAUUCCUCAAUACUGUUGAAUUUUUAGAUGCUCAGACAAAUGAAUUUACAACCUUUGUUUCAAGAGAAGCUGUUACCUCAGUGAAUGAACAGAAUGGCAUGUCAGUCUGAAAUUUUGGAGAUUUCUUCAGAGGAAGAAAAGUAAAAAUUCUAAUGACAAAUGCAUUUUCAGGCUGCCCUUUUGAAUUUCUUUUUUUCUUAUUUUCAGUGAAUGAAGCAUGUCAGAAGUUGUAGCAUGAACAUUUGAUAAUAUCAACCAAUCCAGUAUAAGCAAUACUGUUAAAACAAAUUGUGUUUUUAAAGUACAAAAAUUGAGGCUUUAUAAAUGCUAGGGAGGUUUUAUUUGUGAUUUGUGUGUGUGAUUGUUUUGCUUGGCUGUACAGAACACAAUAUAUGAUCUUAGUGGUAGUGCCAUAAAGUUACUGUGUUCUCUCUUGAAUAAACAGCCACAACUGAUACAAGGAAGUUUUUGGAGUCUGAUUGGAAAGCAUCAAAAUACAAGGUUUGAAGAAAGAAAAGCCAAUACCAGUAUAUAGUCAAAAAUAGCUAUUGAUAAUACAGUAAAGAGUACCUUUAUUACAAGUAUUUUUUUGUUUUUACUAAAUUUUAGUUACCUCGUUUAAGUUACUGCAUGUACAUAUAAAGUUUAUCAAAAACAACUGAACUGAUUUAUAGCACUUGUUAUAUCCAACAGGUUAAAAAUAACCUCUAGUAUGUUAGUUUUCCAACUGUAUAUAUGCAAAAUAUUUUUAGUGUUUUUCAGUUGUUAAAAAUUGUUUACUUGUUCAGAUGAAAGUUUUUAGUAUCCAAUCCCAGUGAAUUUGGUAACAGAACAUAUAUAGUAGAAUUGAAAUAGACAAACUCAAAAUGCUGAACAAAAUUUAAAAUUUUUACAUGUACUAUGUGCAGAUUCAUAUUAACAGGCUUCAAAAUCUUAUAAAUAUCUUAGUAGUUGGCAAUACUUUGGUGUUCUAUGUGAAAAGUAUCACUAAUAUAAAAUACUUUGCUUAUAUAAUGAAAUGAUACUUGGCCUUUAUUAAUAUAAAUGCUCACUUUUUGUUAUACAAAUACAGGCAAUUAUUGGGCUUGCUUAACUGUCCACUAUUGUGUAAUUAUAUGAAUAAGUAAAGAAAGGGUUAUUUUUUCUUUAAUAUUUAAAGGUUUAAAGUUGUGAAAAUGUGUUUUAUAUCUCUACUAUAAUAGGAAUAGUAGCAUAUAGUAACUGUAGAUACUUUUUUUUUCCUAUUUGAAGCUCUUGUAUGCAGAAUAUUUUUAAAAGUUUUAGAGUAACUUAAAGCUUUCUUAUGAUUCUGCACACUAGGCAUGUUUAAGUAAAAAAUUAAUUGAUGUAUGUAACUUUGGACUUGUUACUGAUCUUUAUAUGUGAUCAAGAUGCAUUUUUCACACCUGACUGAACUAUCAAUAUAUAAGUUGAUCGGGGCAGUUUUAACUUGCAUGACAAACUAACACGGUAAGCAUAAGAACGUUAUAAAACUUAUCAUAACUGUAGAUAUGACAUACAUGUACUGUAGUUUUUUUAUUUCCAUCCCGGCAGUGAGAGUAAUUACCUUAUAUGGUGACUUUGUUAAUGUAACCAAGUUUUUUUUUUUAUUUGUAAUAAUAGUGGGCAGUAGUUAGAUAUGGAAAAUAGUUUUCUGAAGUAAAAGAAAACUUUUUAAGGCUAAACUUCUCAACGGUCAACCUCCUUGCAUAAUAUUUUUACUUCUGCACUUAAUACUUGUAUAAGAAGUUUUUAGAAAAUUUUCAUAGUGAUUUUGUUACCUUAAUAAUUUUAUUCUUGCCAUACAACAUUAAAAAAUUUUAAACAUCUUAGAUAAUUUUUAUUCUGUCUUACGAAAAACGUUUUUAUUAUGUUCCAUUUUCUUACAGGGAAAGUUCUGCCUUUUUGGAAAUAUUUUCUGACCAUUAUAUAAUAACUAAUUAUUGUAUAAGCCAUUUUUGUGGAUCCAGAAGUGAUUUUUUUUUUUACAUGUUAAGAAUUAACUAAAUUUUAAAAUCUUUUAGACUUGGUUUAGUUUUUCUACUUAUCAAAAGCUUUUGAGUGCAAGAAACACUUAACACUUUCAAAUAUGUUGGGUUUGAUUCACACCAACUUUUAUUACUAUGUACUACAGAGUAUAACUGGUCUGUGGUGCCUUACCCAAAAAGCCUGUGAAUGAGUUUCCCAGCUUAGUAAUAGGGUACCAAAAUUUCAUCUAAACUGCAUGUACACACACUGAAGAGUUCCCCUCAAGAUGUGCGUGUACACGCACUGAAGAGUUUCCCCUCAUCAUUAUUUGUAAUUUACUGUAGCUUAGAAUACAUUGAUUUUGAGAAUUUAAAAUACAUAUUGUUUGGAAUUUCUCUGAAUGUGGGAAAAACAAAACCUGUGGGGCUUUAAGUUGGGUAAAUACUGUAGGCAAUUUUUCAUUUUAUUAAAGUUUCAUUAAUUUCAGAUAUUCUAUUUUAGUUGUUUUUUUUUCAAUGCAUUUGUACAACUGUAGCAACACAGCAGUGAGUUAAUGCAGUGUAAGAAAACCCCAAUGCAAGGAUGAGAUAGUAGUGCUCACUUGGAUUUUUAGCCCACUUGGUACAGGAGAGUUUACAGGGUACAUGUUAGAUUUCACUUUCAGCCAGAUGCACCAAGUUCCAUUGUAAAAGAAGUGAAAAAAAAACCUUUAUCGAACAGAUGUGCAUUCCAAAUAAUGGGCCGUUCUUAUAAAAACUAUAAAAAAAAAACCUGGUUAUGUAUAAAAGUGACAAGUGAGGCUUACAAGUAUUUUAACAAGUUAUUUCAUUAUAUUAAUUUUUCUGCAGGUUUUUUAUUUAGCCAUUGUGUUUUAUAAAACUUUGUUUUAGCAGAUUCUAGUUAAAGACUUAACUUGUCAGGUAUUCUUUGGCCAUAUAUUCUCGGUGUUUACUUGAAGAGACAAUGUUUAUUUUUCUACUUGUAAACUUUCAUGUCUUAACACUAGCACAGAGUAGAUGAACCAUAAAAUGGAAACAGUAGCUUGAGGCUUAAGAAAAUAAAUUUUUAUAUUAACAUUGUAUAACAUGGUGUUUGAUAGUAUGUACAUACACUUGACAGUAAAGUGAUUUUGAAGAUCUUG